AUGCCAAUUACAAAGCAGACAGAACUUGAGCAGGAUGGUCAGGCCCAUGCACUUACUCUCGCCGUGGAAGAAUUACAAGACGAACAAGGACGAAGUCAGUUCUACGUAUACGGUUGCAGCCAUUGGGGAUCAUUACUAAUAAGUAAAAGUAUACUACAAGACGACAGCGUUAAUAAUCACAAAGAUCGGAACCACACUUCACAUAUUCCCGAAAUCAAUGAUUAUACUCAGACUCCUGUCUUCACUAAUUCCGAUACCACUUCCUCAAACUCACCGAAUUACAAUAGUGACAAGGACAUCAUACAUGAUCCAAAUCUUUUCGUCGAAUCACAAUCUUGUGACGAUCAAAGCGAACACCUCAAUGAAGACUCUUCAGUUCCUUCAAUAUUGAGCCAAGCAAAAACCAGCAUUACCACAGCUGAAAUGAAAUCAAGUAAUCUCGAACCAGGUUUACAACGAGAUGCUGAGAAUGGAUUGUCGUACCUGACUGCAUCAUUUGCCGAAGGAAGGUUUGAUGAUCCUGACAUAUAUUCAAAUGUAAAGCAUUUUCGAAGGCAAAGGGAGGUAUUUUUCGUCCCAGAAAAAGCUGAAGGGGAGCGGAUGAUACAAAUUUUCAUUGCAGGCAUCGAACGAGGCAAACCAUUUUUUACCAUGCCUCCAAUCGAUAUAAUUCCAAAGCUUGCGUUUGAACCAAAGACGAUAUCCGAGAGAGCCUGGCUUUUGUUAUACAAUGCAUUCCUAUCAGCCACAAUAGCUUUCAUGGAACCAUCAAACAAUAGAAUUAAUCGAGGUCUUCAAUGGAAUGUGUGGAUGAUGCUACAGGAUUUCUCGUUUUUCCUCGAGCCAUCAGUGAUUAGUAUUCAAGCAAUAUUAAUGGUAUCUACUCAUAGCCAAGAUCUUGUUCCUCCAGGUUUAUGCUGGACACUCAUAAGUCAUGCUUGUCGAAUGGCUCAAAGUCUCAAUCUACAUGUCCCUUCCCCUAAAUACCCAAAGAAAAGCAAUGAGAAUAGUCAAAGGAACUGCCUAUUCUGGAAUUUAUUCAUGAUUGAUAAAUCGCUAUCGCUUGCUUUCGGAAGACCCCCUUUUCUAUCAAGUCGAAUAUACGAGGGGGUCGAUCCUCCUGAUCCAGCCUUUCUUGCAACAUUCAGACCUCAUCGUCCCUCGGCCCGAGACAUUGGGACUUUACAACAGAAUCCACUGAGUGAUGCGUUCGGCGCAUUAUAUUUUGCUUUGGCACGAGAGCUCUUUGUAUUACAGGGAAAGAUUAUAGAUAUCGCUCUUCUUAUCCAUAAUGGGGAGUCAGAGACGGGGGAAAUCUCCGAAAUGAAGCAAAAGCUUGAGAUUUGGAAGGACAGUUUGGAUGAAAGAAUGUCAGCAUACAACAAUUUCCAGGGAGAAUCGAGUGAGAUCCAGUCAAUCGAGAUAGGCAUUAACUUCCUCAUAUUCCAAUAUCACCAUUCGGUUGUGUACUUGACUCGAAGUUCCAAACAAAACCACGAACUUUGUCUUUUCUCCGCUAGAGUAGCCAUCAAGAUGCUCGAGAAACUUGUUCAAAAUUCCAAUGAAGUCUUCAAUGGUAUUUUAUGGCAACUCCUCUACUAUCCCUUCAUGCCUUACUUUGUCCUUUUUUGUAAUAUCAUCGCCGAUCCACAUUCUCCAAAAUGUUUUGAAGACCUUCAAUUGCUCAGAAAAGUGGUAUAUUUCUUUUUGAGAAUGCAUACUCAACAUCGCAGUGCGCGGAAGCUGGAGCAAAUUGCGGAAACUUUUACUCGACUGGCAGAAAGUUUUGUUAGAGGAAGUAUUCAUCGGAAAAGCUUGGAGGGCAAAUUAUCGGAAGUACCAAUCAGAGGUCUAGAGUCGACUUCUCUUACGGACGGGCUAGUUCCCCAAACCGCACAUGAAUUGGGAGGAGGUCAUUCUGCAAGAAUCGAUGCACCAAACUUCAACUCUUACAAUCACGACUUUCCCCUCACGGGUACGAACCUGAGGGAUCUCUCCAGUGAUCUUGCUGAUCCUACCUUACUCAGCUUCCUAUCCUAUCCGAUGGAAAUCUCGGGGUUUGCCAAUGAAAUUCCAGGGGACAUUUCAAUGCGCGAAAUGGGUUCGUUACAUGAGCAAGCUGGCCAAUCGGCCGAUCCACUACUCCAUCAAUUGGACUUUUUAUCUACAGAACAAUCUUUGGAUGGAAAUUUCGACUGGUUUUCUUGGGAUACUUAUGCAUGGAAUGCGGCAGAAAAUGGAAUUUGA